CUGUUCGUGUGCGUGUUGAGUUGUUGCUAGCAAAGUUUUGACAGUCGAGCUUCACUCGGCAAACGUGACAUUUACGCUCGCCUUGUUCGUGCACGAAGUUCCGCUCGUAUAUGAAAGCGUAAUUUGACACCGUUGUGUAGUUUCAUUAAACUUCACCGAAGUUUCUCUUGCUAGCAGUGGUUAGCCGUGCUAUGCUAAACAGUUGGCGAGUGAGUGCCUGUCAAACGCAGUUUCCUUGACAACAGCGCGGAGCUCUGCGGCUCAAGGGCUUGACCGGCUGGCAUUUCCAGAAACUUCUGUCAAGAUUCGCACACCCCCAGCAGGGAGGCCACGGGAGCGAGCAUUGGGAGCAUGGCCACCGACCAGGAGCCCACAUUCGCCGUCAAGCUGGCCCAGCUGCUGCUGCUCUCCACCUACUGGGGAAUGCAGAUUUGGGUCACCUUCAUUUCAAGCUUCGUGAUGGACAACCACCUGAACAGACACACGUACGGCUUCAUUCAGAGCCGCCUGGUCCCCUUCUACCUUCACCUGGGCUCGGCCUGCGCCUUCUUCAACCUCACAAUCUUCGCCGUGUACCAUCCCAGCGACAUGCUGAAUGAGCGAGAGGCAUUCCAAAUCUUCAUCUUCUUCGUGUCGGUGACGGUGGCAGCGGUCAACGCCCAGUGGUUCGGCCAGAUGACGUCGGAGCUGAUGGCCGACAUGCACCUGGUGGAGCAGGCGUGCGGUCUGGGCCAGGACAUCGGCCUGUCGUCCAACCGCGAGGCCUACGCCAAGCUGCGCGAGACGGACGCCAAGUACCGCCACCUGAGCGGGCGCCUGCGGCUCUACCGGCUGCUGUCGUCGCUCUGCAACGUGUGCUGCGUGGCCUGCAACUUCUGCAGCCUCAGCUACAUGGCCGAAAACCUCCGCACGCUGUGAUACGGUUCCACCGCCACUUUUUUUUUUUUAGUUUUAGUUUUUUUUCCCCAUAAGGAAGCUGUAAGUUAUCUAUUUAAUACCUCCUUUUCUCUCCGUGCCUUAUUUGUUCACUUGCUUUAGGGAAUCGCGAGAAUCUUGGUAAACUGCAACGAAAAGCUCAAUUUGAGAUGUCAACCAAAAUGUUCCUGGGAAAUUCGCUUUGUGCGGCCACCACAUAAGAGUAUAGGUGAUGGCAAAGAAGAAACGUGUAAUAAUCGUAUAAAAAAAAAAUGACAUCUGCUCUCUCAUUACAGGUACAUCUCGAUAAAUGUCGCAUAUUUAUUCCAUCCAUUUUCUGAGCCGCUUCUCCUCACCAGGGUCGCGGGAGUGCUGGAGCCUAUCCCAGCUAUCAUCGGGCAGCAGGCGGAUACACCCUGAACUGCUUGCCAGCCGAUAACAUUCACACCUACGGGCAAUUUAAGAGUUGUCAAUUAACUUACCACACAUGUUUUUGGGAUGUGGGAGGAAACCGGAGUGCCCGGAGAAAACCCACGCAGGCAUGGGGAGAACAUGCAAACCCCACACAGGCGGGCCCGGGGAUUGAACCCCAGUCCUCAGAACUGGGAGGCAGACGCUCUAACCAGUCGUCCAACGUGCCGCCUAUAUUUAUUCUUAUUUACCAAAUUACAAUAUAUUUAUUGAGAUGACACACCUAAACAAAUUGUGCAACAGAAGCCUGCAGAUGCUUAUUGGUAGAUGUGAUUUAUUGUUCUCAAAUUUGUAGUGGAACUGUGUGAGCCUUCAGGCUAUGUCCCUGUUGCAUUUUCCAGCUAAUCAUAUCCAUAUAAAUAUAUUCAAUUUUAUUGGGAUGUACCUGUACCUUCAAAGGGUGAGAAGUUUUUACUUCAUCUUAGUUUCAUUAUACACUGGUCAAAUCAUUUUUUUACACUGUUAAGAAUGUUGAAAUUGUGCUUUAAACAUUGACUUCAACUGUUAAAACAAGUUUUACGAUGGAUGUUGGCCACAAAUUUUGUCUUUAAUUUACGUGACAUUUCCUGUAAGACAUUUUUUUUUUCUAAAAUUACAACGUGGAAGUUGACAAUGGCGGUUCAUCAUUACUACUUCAAAAUUGGAACAUUUCAGGCAGCCUUGUGUCUGACCUUUGCGCGAACCUGUUUAUCUUGUUAAAAAGAUAAAUUUCAGACGCUUAGUGCUGCUCCGCCCGUUUAGGCGGAACUGCAACCCUUUGGCAAGUUUCUUCUUUUCUUGCCCGGCCAAGGUUUCUGCUGUUGAUAAACGCCAAACACAAUUGCAAUUUUCCUAUCUCUUGGCAUCAUAAAACCUCGAUUAACUGUAACAGGCCAAGUUUGAAGUCAAUGUAACAUUUUUUAAAAAUAACUGAAUUAUUGUAUCACAAAACCUCUCCAUCUUUGAUAGCGUGUGAUUAUGAAUUUUUCCCAAAACGCACAUCUUAGAUUAAUUGAUGAGUUACGAGGGCACCCGUGGUGUGAAUGUCCAGGGUGCACCCCGCCCUUCGCCCCAAAUCAGCAACAGAAAAUGGAUGGACUCUCAUGUGAGUGUAAAAAUUAAAUUGCAUACUCACUGUUAAUUUUGUGUGCCUGGGAGGUGACUCUCUUCACAUGAACCUUAAUCGGUGCUGGCGUUUUGGUUCGUAUUCCCGUUCGUCUCGUUUUCUGAUUCAUGCUGACCUGUCGAUGCUCCAGCCGUAUUGCACCGAGCAGCCGGGACAGAGACAAACGCACCGCUUUACACAGUAUAAGUUCCAUUUUCCGUUCUGUAGUCGUCAUUACACGUCACCAGUACUCUUCCGUGGUAGCGAAACACAAAAAUACAGAAGCUAAAGUAAAACACGGGGAAUUCAUCCAAGAUUCUUAUGUGACAUAUUCAAAGACGUGUUUACUGAUUACACGACAUCACAAAGUCAAUUCGCGGUUCUUGUGGUAAUCAUCACACUUUGGCAUCACUGCCCAUCGCAGGUGACACAAAAGAGCUAAACACAUGACAUCACACAUGAUGAUGGUUGAUCGACUUUUGAGGCUUACUGUUAACCCCCCCCCCCCAAAAAAACAAUUUUACCACUUUAGGGACGUUCAGAUUUGGAGGUUCCACUGGACACAGUGAGCUGGAUUGAUCCUUUUUGUGGAAUGGUUAUCUUGAUGGUAGGAAUGAGUUGUAACAGAUAGAACCACUGAUAGAACCUUGACAUAGGUUCUAUCAGUGCACACAAAUUGUGCUUUGCACUCACUCAGAUGACAAGUCAGCAUGUGCAGUGAAUGGUGGGAAAGUCAAAGCAGAAUUUAUUAGGUGAAGGUUGUUAAAAGGAAAAAAAAAAAAAGCAAAUACAAUGCAAAUGUCUUUCUUUU